AUGGACCCCAACCUCCUCAGACACAUCGAGUACUUCCUCGAGCCAAACGGCCAAACAGACGAUUUGGAAAGCCAACAGCAGCGUCGCUUCAACCAGAACGCCACCGCCAACUCGGCGCAAAAUUUCUGGGACAUCGCCGGCCUGCCGUCCGACUCGGGCCUCGGCUCGCCGUCGAGUGCUCCUGGCAACUUGAACUUCGACGCCUUCGGGCAGGCCUCGAACCAGCCUAACAGAACACAGCAGCGUCAACAGAUGCUUGGUCAGGGCUCCAGAGUAAUUCUGCCGCCCCGAGCACCAAAGCCGAAGUCCGGCCAUGAACGCAAAAGAACGAAACUGAGCACCGAGUCGACCCCCUUCGACAAUGUCGACUACUGGAUACAGUUCGACAAUGAGGAGGGCGCCGGGGAGCCUGGCGGGUCGGAUCUGAGCCACCAGAAAGGAAAGGAGGCGCAACAGCAGCAGCAACAGCAGCAGCAGCGACCCAAGAUGCAACACGCGCAGACCGAGCCGUCGUCCAUACCAACUCUCCGAACCGUCGAGCAGCAGCAACAACAGCAGCAGCAACAGCAACAACAGUCGCGGCACCGUCAACAAUCGAGCAUGGGAUCUGGGCAGCCAGGGCCCAGCAACCCUCGGCGGAGACAGCUGCGGCCAGAGGACAUGUUCGAUGACAGCGCCCUGGACUAUGCAUUAUCAGAGGAGGGCGACAUGACGACCGAGGACUUCUCGACGAUGAACCUGGCCGACCAGAUGUCUAAUAUUGAUACGAUGCCCCCUUCCGAAGUGCCACCCCGUGAGGGGUUGUAUUCGACGCCGCUAAGCUGGGAGAAGCCACAGCCGGGCCUGCGACUAGACUCUUUGAUAAGCACGCAAAAUCCGCAGCAGCUCAACGAGGACGAGCAGAGGCGACUGAUAGCCAUAGCCAUGAAUACGGGCCCGGUCAUGGGUGGGCUAGGUUCUGGCCAAUUUGGGAUGGGAGGAGGAAACAGGGGCUACGUCUCGGGCAGCGGGCUACACGCGACACUGGGCUCGGGCCUUAGCCUCGGCGGCAUGGGCGGCAUGGGCGGAAUAGGAGCGUUAGGCAAUGGGAUGGGGAGCCUAGGGUUCGGGCAGAUCACCGACGAUGCGCCGCUGCUGCGGCCCGAGACGCCCGCUGUCGCGAAACCCCCGCAAAAACAAUUUUCGCGGGAGAACACGGAGAAGAGCGGCGGCGGCGAUGAGAAAGGCAAGGGGAAGGAGAAGGAAGGUUCCGUGGACCCCAAGGGCAAAGGCAAGGCCGGCGACCGGACCGCGCACAAUGACAUCGAGCGCAAGUACCGGACGAACCUGAAGGACAGGAUCUCGGAGCUUCGUGACGCAGUGCCCGCACUGCGGACGAUCCAGGAGGGCGUUGUCGACGAGGGCGACGAGGCCAACGGGCCUGCGAGGCCGAAAGUGAGCAAGGGCACGGUCCUUACCAAAGCGACAGAGUACAUCAGCUACCUGGAGAAGAAGAACAGGGCCAUCAUGGCGCAGCACCAGCAGCUGUCACGCCGGCUCGCAGCCUUCGAGCAGCUCCUCAGCCAGACAGCGCGUCCGUCCUUCCAAAUGCCCAACUACAGCAGGACGCUUUUCGACCCGCGGGCUUUCUGUUAG